UACACAUGUCAUGUCACAAAUAUGAAUUGAUAAAUAAAAAUUAGUCAUUAAAGAAAAGUAAAAAAAAUAUUUAUAAAAUCUUAUUCAUGAUCCAUUAAUUACUAUAUCUUUCUCACACUGAUAAUAACAAGAUAAAUAGCCAAUUGUAAAAUCGUGUUCGUGAUUUAAUCAAAAAAGAAAUUAUAAUGGUUUGCGUGCCAUGUUUCAUCAUUCCCGUUCUACUGUUCUUGUGGCACAAGUUUAUUCAACCCUACGUGUUACGGUUUUGGAAUCCCUGGGCCGUAAAGGACGCUGAUGGAAACGUCAAGACAGAGUUUCCAUUUAAAUGUGAGGGAGGCGUGUGCGCUUUUGCGCCCAAAAGUAAAAAAGACAAAGAGACAAUUGAACAAGAGGGGCAACAUGAAUCUCUGGAUGAAACACAACCUGUUGAAAGUAGACUAAAGGCUGACUGAGAAGUUUAUCAAGUUGACGACAUGCUGGAUAUAUGUAAAUGUAAGCGAGCCAAAGCAUUUCCAGAAACAUACCUAGUUAUUGCACUAAGACUAAGAAGCAGUUGCGUCUUUCACCAACUUUAAUCACUAAAUUUUAAUAAGUGUGAUAGCUAAUAGCUUAAUGAAGCUACCUUAAUUGUUUCAAUGAUGUGUUUAAAUUGUUAAAAAAUUAAAUAUUUAUUACAUAUUCAA